UCCCGACUGUGUUUGCGCGCAGCGAACGUGCCACCAAGCUGCGUCCCGCCGGUAGAGGAGCAGAGAUCGGGUCCGGGAGCGUCUCCAGCAUCAUGGACGACUGACAAACCUCUAAAUAUUGAUUUUAACCCUUUUUAUUUUCCCAGGAGCAACGCGUCCCCUUUCAGCUUCAUCCAGUCAUUUUGUACCUGAAGGACAGAGUUGGUCCCCCGCUGAGAAGAGUCGGCUGAGGAUUUAAUUUCAGUUUUUGGUCUGAAACCCUCCGACUGCUGCUGGGACCCGUUUGGGAUGUUGAGCUCCGUGAAGAUGGAAGCGCAUGAUCUACCGGAGUGGAAUAGUUUCUACAGCGAGGCCAGCGAGAUGUAUUCCCCUGCCAGCACCAUGAACCCCGCUCUGGGCUCCAUGAGUUCUACCGGCAGCUAUUUCAACCUGAACCCAGCCACCGCCUCCUCUGCGGGUAUGAACAUGGCGUAUCCUGGCAGCUCCAGCCUCAGCAGCUCCCCCCUGGCCCCCAUGGGCUCCGGGCCCAGUCACAUGUCCCUUUCCCCAGUGGCCUCCUCCCUCAGCUCGGGUUCUCUGACACAGCUGGGUCCUGCUGCUCCGGGCUCACUGGGCUCUUUGUCCCACUACCAGAAUAUGGGUCAGUCCAUGAGUCAGCUGGGCUACUCCUCCACCGGGUCCCUGACACGGGCCGGGGCCAAGGAGAUCCCCCCUAAGCCGUACCGGCGUUCCCUGACCCACGCCAAGCCGCCAUAUUCCUACAUCUCCCUCAUCACCAUGGCGAUUCAGCAGAGCGGCAGCAAGAUGCUGACCCUGAAUGAGAUCUACCAGUGGAUCAUGGACCUGUUCCCCUACUACCGCGAGAACCAGCAGCGGUGGCAGAACUCCAUCCGUCACUCUCUCUCCUUCAAUGACUGCUUUGUGAAGGUGGCUCGAUCGCCCGACAAGCCAGGCAAAGGCUCCUACUGGACGCUGCACCCGCAGUCCGGCAACAUGUUUGAGAACGGCUGCUACCUGAGGCGCCAGAAACGCUUCAAGAUCGAAGAGAAGACCUCCAAAAAGGGGGCUAAGAACCAGGAGGUAGGCUCGGGGAAAGGAGGCCUCGGUGGAGAUCACCUGGGGGAGGAUCGUAGCCCAGAAGGUGGAUCAGAGGGAGCUGACUCCACCCACUCGGAUAACUCCCACCCAGGUUCUUCAGAAGAUCAGGCUCUCCAUAGGAACACCCUGGUUCCUCUAGACUGCCCUCAGCUGUCCUCCUCCCACCUCCACAGUCCACCCGUCUCCCUGCCUCCUCCAUCCUCCACCUCCUCUUCAAUCCCUCCAUCCUCUUUGUCCCUCGCCGGCACCUCCGCCUCCAACCCGCUCCUCCACUCUCAGUCUUUAGCCAGCAGCUCCCACCUUCUAUCCAACAGCAUGCAGCAGCAUAUGGACCUACAAAACGACGCCCUGAAGUCCCUGGAUCCCCACUACAACUUCAACCACCCCUUCUCCAUCACCAACCUCAUGUCCAACGAGCAGAAGAUGGACCUGAAGUCCUACCAGGACCAGGUGAUGGCCUACAACAGCUACACCAGCAGCUCCCAGGUGGGGGCCAAGCAGAUCUACGACAGUCCGAGUCCAGCAGCGAUGGACUCAGGAGCCUACUACCAAACACUGUACAGCCGCUCGGUGCUCAACGCCUCCUAAUAUGGACACGCGCACACCUGCACAGGUGAGCCGAGACUUGGAGACUUGGCUUUCUAAAAUGGUUCCUCUUCCUUCUCUCCUCCAACAGCUGCUGCUGCAUCCGAGACACCAAAGAACUUGUUUUCCUCCAGCUCCUGAUCAGGCUGGUUAGUUACACGUGAGGCGGAGGAGACUCGUCUGUCAGGAGAGACAGACCAAAGCUGAUCUUGUACAAAGUGUAAAUAGGGGUAAAGUGGUGGGAGAGGAGGCGGUUUGCUGUUAUUUAUGAAGGGAAUAAAAUUUAAUAUAUCUUAUGAAGUGUUGACCGGUUACAGCCAGAUGUGCGUUAUGUUUAACCCAGGUUUCAGGUGUUACUGCAGCGGGGUCACAUGUCGUGUUACAGAGGGGGUUUCUACGCGUUUCUGUUAGUCCAGGUGAUGUUCACGCAGCUUUUGGUCCAUAUGAAGAAAAAACAUCUAAACGUAAGAAAAACAACUGUGGUUAAUAAAAAAGUUUAAACGUUUUGUUGUUUUUGGUGGCCUUAUAUUUCACACACACACACACACACGCACGCACGCACACACACACACACACACACACACACACACACACACACACACGCACGCACGCACGCACACGCACGCACGCACGCAAGCACACACGCGCCUCCAAAACGAACAUGUGUCUGCAGACUUUAGGCGGUUAACAAGGGAGGAGGACAGAUGCCCUAUGGGAGGACUUACAUACAGUACUUUGCACUAUGGAGCACCCACAGGUCAGGUGGGCUGAUAGUGUGUGUGUGUGUGUGUUAGUGUGUGUGUGUGUGUUACUCAGAUACACCCUCCUGAAACUGCCAAUGCAUCGGGGGGAACAGCAGAACAAGGUCCAGAUCAUCCCCAAAACAAACACAAGAGAAGGUCAGCUGAAGGAUUCGUCUGAUAAGGUUCAGGUCACAUGACGUCGGUUGUGUUUAAGCGACGUUGCUUCUCAAACCCUGAAAGUGUGCUGAUUUAAUAUAUUGUUUUAUUUUUGUCGUGUUCCUGUUGUCGGUUUAAAUGUGAUUCAACUGACUUUUUUCUUAUUAAAAAGGCUGAAAUGUGGGGAAGAAA